CAGAGGACUGCGAGACAACAGCAGGUAAAUCCGCAACCAUGCAGAUCUUCGUCAAGACCCUCACCGGCAAGACUAUCACCCUUGAGGUGGAGUCGAGCGAUACGAUCGACAAUGUCAAGAGCAAGAUCCAGGACAAGGAGGGCAUUCCUCCAGACCAGCAGCGAUUGAUUUUCGCCGGAAAGCAGCUAGAGGACGGCCGUACCCUCAGCGACUAUAACAUCCAGAAGGAAUCCACCCUUCACCUCGUCCUCCGUCUCCGUGGCGGUAUCAUCGAGCCUUCCCUCAAGGCUUUGGCCAGCAAGUACAACUGCGAGAAGAUGAUCUGCCGAAAGUGCUAUGCCCGUCUUCCCCCGCGUGCCACCAACUGCAGAAAGAAGAAGUGCGGACACACCAACCAACUCCGACCAAAGAAGAAGUUGAAGUAAACGCAUUGUUUCGGCUGUUUCUUGGUGUCCUUGUUGUGGAAACGCAGCACAUGGGCUUGUUGGGAUGAUGAUGCAGGGCGUUUAAAGGGGGACUUUGAUGAUCCAUGUUUUUAUAAUGUCUUUUACGUCCCUUGUAGCCUCGGAAAUCAACAAGUUCAAUUUCUUCUUUCAUCUCGCGACUACCGUGUGCUUAGAAGUUACAGAGUCAGCUUAGAUGCCGACAUUUACGGGACAUAAACGGGUCUAAAAUACAAUGGAACAGAGUUGCGGAAGACCAAAAAAGCAAGCGGAAUCAUGUCAUAAUCAGAAGAGCAUGCGUGCCAUUUUAUCCUUAUCGUCAUUAUCCUUGCCCUUGUCCUUGUGCUUCUUUGCCGGACUUCCGUGACUAUCAUCAGAUUUAUUAGC